AUGACCAUGACGUCCAUCAGCGGACCCUCCAUGGCUGAGGAAGAGGCCAACUCGACUUUGAGCAACGACGAUGGUUCCAGUGGUGAUGACUCUAGGCUGGCUGGUGCUGGGCCUUCCAAGAAGCGCAGGAGGGAGAAACACCAAAAGAUAUCGUGUGAGAUGUGCAAGACUCGCAAAGUGAAAUGCGACCGCGCUGAACCUGCAUGUUCGUGGUGCGCUCGCCACAACAAAGCCUGUGUAUAUCUCGAGCGUCAAAGACCUGGAGCUGGACGGAAUGGGUUUAGCAUUGAGCUCGAAGCAAAAGUCAACAGGAUCGAUGCAUUGCUUCAAGCUCUGGGGCGGAGAGUGGAAGAGCAUAUCGUCCAAGAGCACUCUUCGGUUGUAUCUCCAGGCGUGUCUUCUACCAAUGUCAAUGGAUACAAUGCUUCACAGCUGGACAGUCGACUUACCCCAGCGACUCUUCCAAGGCAUUCAUCUUUCUCUCAAGCCAAGUCACCAGCUAUAACGAGCCCUUGGCAGGCCAACAACAGCAACAACCAGAACACAUCUCAUCCAUCUGUUCAGACUCAGCAAGGGGCCAGCGCACCAACACCAACUCAUACAAACAUAUCAAUACCAACUUCUAUCGGACGAAAUCCGUCAGUCCAAUCAUAUACUAUCGAUCUACCGCCGCACGACAUCAUCUACAGUCUGGUAGACCUCUACUUCAAACACUGCGGGACAUGGUGUCCCAUCCUUGAACGCAAAACCAUAUUUGCCACCUUCUUCGGCUCAACGUCGAUGGAAGAGCCAGACCGGAUCCUACUAUACGCCAUAGUCGCUACUACGUUACGCUUUCUCAAAGAUCCCAGGCUGUCACCAGAGAUGAGCGCAUACUACCACUCAGUCGCCAAACAUACAGUCCAGCUAUAUGCCAUGGAGCACACCACAGUUCCUGCACUGAGAGCCCUCGUUAUAAUAACUUUGGACGAACUGGGAUCAUCCAACGGACCAAGAGGUUGGAAUCUUCUAUCAUUAUUGGCUCAAAACGCCAGACAACUUGGCCUGUGCGAGGAGAGCAGCGUCUUCUUAUCCGCAGAAGCAUCCGAGGUCACGCACACAGCAUCUUCUCAUAGAGUUGCAGCUGGUAAACCCGAGUCUUGGAUCGAAGAUGAGGGUCGAAGACGUCUGUACUGGAUGAUCUAUCUUCUCGACAGAUAUGCGACUAUCGCCACGCCCACAUUCGACUUUAUCCUCAACGACACCAAAAUCUACCGCUUCUUACCAUGCUCCUACGACCUGUUCUCAAAGAACGUGCCUGUAGAGACACGAUCACUGAGCUCAUGCAACAACAAACAAUCACCAAUAAUGACAUAUCUUGUUAAUAAACCCGAGAACCUCGGCAGCUUCGCUUAUCACUGCGAAAUCCUCGUCAUUCUCAGCAGAAUCCACGAAUUUCUCAAGACGCCCGUUGAUGUCACGUCACCGAGCGACAUGGCAGAAUGGCGCAACACAUAUCGAAACCUCGACCGCACUUUGGAUGGAUGGCUUCAAAGCUUGCCGAGUGAAUACAGCAAGAUCUCUGCGCUUUGUCACUCUGAUCCCGCGAGUCGCGUGGCCAACUGGUUCAUGCUUCAUAGCGCGUACGUUACAGCCGCCGUGCGCCUUCACUCUUCAGCAGCGUAUCCUACCGUUCGCUCUCACAUUUUUGUUCCCUCACACUACGCCAUGCAGAGAUGUUUAUCUGCAGUUCAGAGUUUGGGAGAUAUCACGCGCGAUGUUCUUGAAGCAGACGGCUUGAACCUUCUUGGGCCCUCGUUUGCGUUCUCGCUAUGGGUCGCCGCGAGGCUUCUGCUUGUUCAUGCUGCUACGGUUGGAUGCGCGGUGGAUUCGCAGAUCGACUUCUUCAUCGAGACGCUGCGAGAUGUCGGACAACAUUGGGAGGUAGCGAACAAUUACUCCAAGAUUCUACAGCGCGUUGUGCAGAGAGCUCGACAGGGCGAUAUGGGCUUUUCAUCUAUGAGAAGGAGCGCCUACGACUUAGUCACUUUGACAUCCACCGCACGACACUCGGGCUUGGAAGCAACAUCAACACAGGCUACAUCCCUAAGCGAAUUUGAUAAUAUCGACGUCUUCGAAUUCUUCAAUUGUCCACGUACUUCAGCGUGUUCGAAUGCACAGUCUCAGCUGCAGUUACAACCCAUCCGUACUCCAGCUCUAGGGCCGGAAUCAAGCAGAGGCAACGGGGUGCCUGAUCCCGAAGCUGACUGGCUGGCAUUUGGAUCGCCCUACACUUGA